AUCAUCUCCGUUUCUGCAAAGGCAAUAAGUAGUACCGAACGUUCCAAAUCUCGCGCACACAAACCUCAGCAAAAGCAAGCCAAGCCCGUCGUGCGCCUUGCUGCGACACUGAUCCAUGGGGUCCACCGAGCAGCAGCCGCCGGAGCCGGUGGCCGCCGCCUCCGCCGUGGUGGAGGCGUCGCCGGAGAUCAUCUUCCGGUCCAAGCUCCCGGACAUCGCCAUCACCAACACCCUCCCGCUGCACCGCUACUGCUUCGAGCGGCUCGCCGAGGUGGCCGACCGCCCCUGCCUCAUUGACGGCGCCACGGGCUUCGUCCGCACCUACGCCGAGGUCGACCGCCUCACCCGCCGCCUCGCGGCGGCGCUCCGUCGCGAGCCGUUCGGGCUCGGCCGCGGCGCGGUGGUCAUGAACCUGGUGCUCAACUCGGCGGAGUUCGUGCUCUCCUUCUUCGCCGCGUCGCGCGUCGGCGCCGCGGUCACCACCGCCAACCCGAUGUCCACGCCGCACGACAUCGCCAACCAGAUCGCGGCGUCGGGCGCCACGGUCGUGUUCACCGAGUCCAUGGCCGCGGACAAGCUCCCCGGCGGCCUCACGGUCGUCCUCAUCGACGCGCGCCGCGACGGCUGCCUCCACUUCUGGGACGACGUCAUGGCCAGCGUCCCCGACGACGAGGCCGCCGCCGCCGCCGGCGACCAGGAGGCGGGCGACAGCGAGUUCGACCCCGACGACGUGGCGGCGCUGCCGUACUCGUCCGGCACGACGGGGCUCCCCAAGGGCGUGAUGCUGACGCACCGGAGCCUGAGCACCAGCGUGGCGCAGCAGGUCGACGGCGACAACCCCAACAUCGGCUUCACCGCCGCCGACGUCAUCCUCUGCUCCCUCCCCAUGUUCCACAUCUACUCGCUCAACACCAUCCUGAUGUGCGGGCUCCGCGUCGGCGCCGCCAUCGUGGUCAUGCGCCGCUUCGACCUCGCCAGGAUGAUGGAGCUCGUGGCGCGGCACCGGAUCACCGUCGCGCCGCUCGUGCCGCCCAUCGUCGUCGCCGUGGCCAAGAGCGACCAGGCCGCGGCGCACGACCUGUCGUCGGUCAGGAUGGUGCUCUCCGGCGCCGCGCCCAUGGGCAAGGACCUCGAGGACGCGUUCAUGGCCAAGCUCCCCGGCGCCGUGCUCGGACAGGGCUACGGCAUGACGGAGGCCGGUCCGGUGCUGUCCAUGUGCCUGGCGUUCGCCAAGGAGCCCUUCAAGGUGAAGUCCGGCGCCUGCGGCACGGUGGUGCGCAACGCCGAGCUGAAGAUCGUCGACCCCGACACCGGCAAGUCCCUCGGCCGCAACCAGCCCGGGGAGAUCUGCAUCAGGGGGCAACAGAUCAUGAAAGGUUACCUGAACAACCCGGAGGCCACGAAGAACAGCAUCGACGCUGACGGGUGGCUGCACACCGGCGACGUCGGGUUCGUGGAUGACGACGACGAGAUCUUCAUAGUCGACAGGCUCAAGGAGAUCAUCAAGUACAAGGGCCUACAGGUGGCCCCUGCCGAGUUGGAGGCCCUUCUCAUCACUCACCCGAGCAUCGUCGACGCUGCCGUUGUUGGGAAACAAGUCGAGCCAGAAAUUGGCGAAAUCCCGGUCGCCUUUGUGGCCAAGGCAGAAGGGAGUGAGCUCAGCGAAGAUGACGUGAAGCAAUUUGUGGCAAAGGAGGUGAUCUACUACAAGAAGGUCCGCGAGGUGAUUUUUGUUGACAAGAUCCCCAAGGCGCCAUCGGGCAAGAUCCUUCGCAAGGAGCUAAGGAAACAGCACCAGCAGCAGCACCCACAAUCUGUGUGACCAUCUGAUCAGAUCAGACCAUGCAUCGCUCGGUAUUCAUGAUUCGUUCGGAUGUUGACAUGUGGAGGAAGAACUUAAUUCAGAGGCACAUAGUGUUUUUAUCUGUUAUGUUGUGUAAUGUAUCUAGCUAUAGCUGGUGAGGCAGAGAGGAUCGAUUGAGUGGAAAUUGGAUUUUUGAAGUACAUAUGUUGGGGAGUCAUGUUUGUUAGAGUUUCUUACCGUAUGUUUGUUGCCGUUCGUGACUCGCGAUGCUUGUCCGAUAUGUUUGGUUGUCAACGAACCGAAAUCUGUUAAUUCUUAUAUGGAUACAAGCACGCAAUAAUUCAACAA